AUGUCCAGCCAUGCCUCGCCUUCGGGUCAACCUCACUACCACGUCAACGGCAUGACAACAGCAAUGGCAGCUGCCACGCUCCGGUCACCACCGAGAGAGAAGCCUUUGCCUGCCUUACCCCCAGCUCGGACGCCAUCCCAAAUCAGCCAUCAGAGACAGCAUCAGCUGCCGUAUAGGCCUGCAGCUCUGAUGCACAUGCGACUAUCCUCGGCCCCACCUGCUGUUGCUGGGCCGUCGCGACUUGCAAUGCAGGGCGAGCCACUCAGGCAGUCAAUGCCGCCAGCAGCAUUCGCUGCUCCUCCAAUUCAGCCUACUGCUACUUUGACGCCAACUGCUCCUGAAUCUUCUCGCCCUCGUCCUGUUGAACCGCCAGCAUACGACUCCCUUUUCGACCCGACGCCAACGGCGCCUUCUGCCGCACCUCCUGCGCGCCAAUGUGCUCCCACGCAGCAUACAGCCACUACUGGCGCCCUUUCUCCAGAUACAAGUCGCAAUGUCGCCCCAGUUCGUAUACCUGAUUCUCGAGCGCCACUAUGGCGUCCACCUUCCGCGCCUCCAAGCAAUCUGAGCUCAUCAACUUCGACACCGCCCAUGAUAGGCAGCCGCCCAAUAGCGUCAUCAGGCACUAGCCGUACAGCUACCGCCAACGAUCCGGCAAGACGUCGCGUCAUCUCUUCCUACACUCCUGCCCCUCCCCCUUCCAGCGCUCAGCGCCACGUCCGCGCCUCAUCUGCGGCGGUCCCCACGCCCUCGCCUCAACAGAGGCGGCGGGUACGCUUCCCUUCGUCUUCCCCUUCCUAUGACCCAGCAACACCGAGCAAGACCACCACAAGCGGAUACACAUCGUCAGCAAAUGAUACACCUGCGUUGGGGCAAUGCUGGGGCAUCAAGAGAGACGGAGCAAGAUGUACACGGACCGUUAAAGCGGCGGAGGAGGAAGGACAAGUCAGAAGCAGUCCGGCUCGACGGCGAGGUGCGAGACACGUCAGUGCUCCUCCAUCUCUAGGCAAAAAUGGGAGGGCGCUAGCUCCUGCUACUAAAGGACAGCCGAUCUAUAUCUCGUCGGACGAAGGCUCGGAUAGCGAUGACGACUCCGACGAUGGAAGCCCCAAUAAGGGUACCACGGCAAGGAGCGACAAAGCGGCCUCGUCACCGUCUGCCGUGCCGACAUACUGCCAUCAACACGCCCGCGAGAUCAACAAGACGCCUGGCCUCCACGUUCCCGUCGCGAGCAGCUCUUUAUCUGCAACGCAAGAGUAUCUGCCCUUCACACAAUUCAUUCCCCCAACCCUCUCCGCGCAGACGGCCGCUCGCCUCAGAGUAGCCAUGAGCGAGCCCUUCGCUCCUACAGACUUGGCAGAGCGCGGCUAUCUCUACGUCUAUGAACUCGUCGCAGACAUCGGUACCGCAGGAGGAGAGGCAAGAAGAAAGAACGAUGCGCAAACGCUGGUCAAAGUCGGUCGCUCCUCCCGUCCACUAGCUCGGGUAGCUCAGUGGAGAAGACAGUGCGAGUCCAGACAAGCCGUGCUGCGGCUGCUUUCACCGCAGGGGCCGCCUGCCCUUUCCGAUUCAACAGAAGGCAGCGCUCCACCUCCCUCGACAGCAGCGGGCAAUCUGAUCAUCGGCGCAAGCUCAACUGUAACGACGGGGCAGCGUGGCUCACACCGCUGGGAGAAGCUCGUCCAUCUUGAACUGGCAGAAGUAGCUCCGCGGCCUUCUGACUCACACCAAUGUCGAGACUGCGGGAAGAGGCAUCGCGAGAUCUUUGUAGCCCCAAGAGGGGGAGGGGUACACGCCGUGGCCGAGGUGGUGGAGAGGUGGAGGCGAUUUGUUGAGGUAGCGGUGCCGCCCGGAUGA